AUGGAACUGCUUCGGAAAAUCGCAUGGCGCAUAAUACCUAUAUUCGUGCUCUGCUUUCUGCUCACCCUGGGCGAGGCGUAUCUGAAGAGUGUCCGCGUGGAGGAGAUUCCCUUUGCCGGAAAACAGGCAUCGAUCAGCAGUCGGCGAUCCAGUGGCAUUCACCUGAUCUCAAGUUUGGAGCAUCAGCGAACCUUUCUCCAUCUUUUUCAUGUGCCGUACAUUAUCUGCUUCUAUGCUGCCAAGGGAAAGUGGCCGUAUGUGCCAGGAUUUAUGAAAUAUCGUGUGGACAAUGCAGCGCGCAGUUUUUUCAACCAAAACGACAGUUUCAUCAAACAAUUCUGCACCAAGUGGAUACAGGUCAAGGAGUGCUUUCGGCCCUUAUUUGAUAAAUCAAAUACCACCAUUGCCGAGGCGGAAGUGGAAACCCUAGACGCCAAGAUCCAAGCACAGCGCUGCAACUGCGACAAGUUCUUACUUUCCACGGAGGCGCCAGUGCCAGUUGUUUACUUUGACAAAAACUACAUUGGAAACGUCAGUUCGGAAACCAUUUUGACGACCAUCGAGUUCCUCGAGAGCUUCCUGCCGCCGCCCACCAAAAAGCAUAGGCGCAAGAAUCGAGUGCGAGGACGCUUGGAUGAAAUCGACAUUGACUAG